GAAAUUUCGAGUUGGCGCAACACAGUCGCGGUUCAGGAUCCCUUCCUGCUGACCCACUGGGCACCGAGGAGGCAAGGCUCUCGGUCGAUGUGGACGGGUCGAAGAGCGGACUAGGGUUGUGUCAGUAUGGCAGGGGCAACGUCGAUAACAUCUCUUGAGCCCGCGAAUGACAGUCGUGCCAAAAACAUUGGAGCCCUCGCCCAGCAGUGCACCCCCAGGCCUCGGCCAUCCCUGGGCACCCAGAGGGUCAUCCAGGGCAACGGAACCAACGUGGGCACCGUCAUCUCCUUGCAGUGCCCAGACCACACCAGGCUGAUGGGCAGUAAUGUGGUGUGUGAAAUGAGCCCCAGCAGCCCCCAGUGGGUCGGGGAAACCUAUUGUAGCCCCAUGUCUGCCUACGGGGAGUUUGGUUUCCGCGUUGCCGUGUGGGCGUCCAUCGUGAGCUCCUGCGUCAUUGUGGUGCUGACCAUGGCCUUCAUCAUCUGCUGUCUGCAUGCGCGCUUCAAGACGAAGACGAGGAAGAGAAGCCACCAAAAGAGUUUGAUGCUUUGCGGCCACAGGGAGACAGAGGAGGAAGAGUGGCUUCGUAGGCAGUGUGAGGGGGGCAGGACUGGUUUCCCUCAUCAUCAUCAUGAUCACAGCAGAAACAACAACAACAACAACAGCCGUCAGAAGGCAGCGGCGAUGCUUUCAGGCGGCCGUGACGGUGCAUUUGUUGACAACAAAGCACCAUGCGGGUCUUGUCUCCUGCAUCCCUACGCCGAUCGUACCGUUCCAUCUUCAACUCCCCUCCCUGGAAUUGGCUACAGACAAUCUCCCUUAACCCGGGACAUGAGACUGGAGCAGGACGAGGCAGGCCCACAUCCAAACUCCCAUUAUCUCCAGCGCAACUCACCUGCAACGAACGGGCCGCCCUGUCCGAUGGGCCAUGGAGAACAGGAGUCAGGUCCAGCGCAGAGCUCGGCUGCUUGCUUGGCCGGUGGCCGUGGUGCUGGCGUGGUGCGACAGCUUGGAGGGCAGGAGCACAGACUACCGCGAGUGGCCCCACACACCUCCCAGGAGCCCCAAGUUGUGAAACCAAAAAAAGAAUGCUCCAUACGGAUUAUAUCUGUGUGAGCAGGACCCAUAUUUGAUAUAAUGAAACAAAACAAACUGUAAAUAGUUUUAGUGGUUGAGUAGGUGAUGUUUUUCCUUACGUCAAUGACUGAAGGAAACUAAAAGGCAUAAUUCAGUGUGAAAACAGUGAGUACCAUUUCGGAGGCUGUGCCUUUGGUGAAAUUGUAUGGAGACACUGCCAUCUGUCUGUGAGAGUGAGCCAUUGCACUUUUAACGAUGCCUUUCUUGUACAUAAUUCUGCAGGCCAUUGUCAUUAUACUUGCGCAAGAUUUCAUUUAAAUAAAUACAUUUUAAAUGCA